AUGUCGGAAGCAGAUGAUCUGUACGCGGACCUGUAUGGCGAGGAAGCUGAGCCUUCGGUGAGUGCGCAGGCCCCAGAUGCCUCUAAGACUGAGACACCUGCUGCUCCAGCUGCACCCAGUGCUGGUGGAUCCAGCACAGGGACAGCAGCCCCAGGUGCGACAGUGGCUGGAGGAACGGGGACAGCUGAAAACCACAGCGGUCCGGCAGGAGCCGCACCUGCGCCGGCAGGUCCUGCGGCCUCUGCGCCAACGGCUGGGGCAUCGUUUAUUCCGGGACGGCCUGCGCCGCCGCCGCAGGAUUCGGCGGAGGCACGCAGUGCAGCGGCUGCGCGUGGAGAGCAUAUUGCGCCGCAGGAUUUACCAGAUGAAGGGUGA